UCGAUUACAAAUUGUAGGCUAUUCUUUAUUUACCUAUUGUAAAUAAAAUGUGGGAUACGCUGAUAUGUACUUCAAAGGGAAGCAGAUAACCCUGGAUGCAAACAUAUGUUCCUUUCUAGAGUGAUAAUACCUGAAGCAUGAAGCUGGUCGAUGUUAACAUGGAUUGCCUGCUGGCCAUUUUCAGCUACUGUGCUGAAGAAGACCUUAUAAAUCUGUGUCAGGCUAAUAAUUUCCUUCGUGAUGUAAUCGAUUUCCAUAUUUUUUCUAAUUUGACUAAAGAUUUGUUGCUGUGUGGUCACCGAAAUUUUAAUUCCGCCGCCGUACAAAGAAAUCACAUUGGCUUGAGAUACUGGGAGCGGUUACGAGUGGCACGUAACUGGAUGAACGGCACCUACAUUGAAUGUCAUUAUUUCCACCAUAAACAAAUGUUUCCUGCUAAGCUCUAUCUGGAAAGCAAAUUUUUAUAUAUCACCUACGCCAACCACUUACGAAAAUAUCGACGGUCGGGCACUGAAGCAUUGCAUCAUCGCUAUGAUAAUGAAAUAACCACUAAAACAGCAAGCGACAUUACCGACUUUGUAAAGAAACAUAACACUAUCUUCGCAGGACGCGUAUGUGGGUCUUGUUUCAUAUGUUCAGAUAUCAAUGGUUGCAUUGACAAAGGAGAAGAACACAAAAUGCACCAAGCUCUCGAAUAUUUAUAUUGCGUGGACUUUGCAGAAAAGGAUGAUUUGUUUGUGACGGGCAGCGACAAAUGUUGUAAGCUCUGGCAUCGUACUGUGGAACUAGAAAUGUCUAAUUUCGAAUUAAUUAUGAAAUUUCAACAUGGAUUUAAGUCUCUUAAAUUAAGUAACGAUGGCCAUUGGCUUUAUGGCGGCCUUUAUACAGACAUCAAUCGCAGAGCGGUGCGUGCCAUAAAUGUUGUAAGCGGAAAAGAUUAUAUUCUUAACUCAAAUACAAUUUCUGUGUACGAUCUUAAAGUAAAGGAUGAGAACGUAAUUUUUACAGCAAAUUUCGACACCACAUUCCGCAUGUACGACCUACGCCUUGAUCGAGAUGUAGGUAUAUGGGAGGAUCCUUUUGACUCAUCACUUUAUUGCCUUGAAUAUGAUGGAUUGUACGGGGUAUUAUGCGGCGCAAAACAUCAUAGCCGCGUUAAUUUGUAUGACAUUCGUGUGCCUGGAAAAUAUGUGCAGUUGUACUUUCCCAGUCGCACUCGACUUCACAACAGUAGCUCACCAGUCUAUAGCCUUACCUGUGAUAACAGGUAUUUGUUUGUGGCGACGGAUCACAAUUUGCGUGUCUUUGAUUUUAAAGUUGCCUGUGGGAUUCAAAGAGAUUACAGCAACAUAUACACUUCAACUACAUACAAAUAAAAUUUAACGAUUUAACA